ACUGUUGUUGGAGUGAAUCCCAAUUGCAGCCCCCCCUCUGCACCUUUCUCGCACAUCCCCAACACUCCCAAUGAUCGCCUCCGCUAUGGCAUACGCUUCUACUGCUGCCCUGCACUCCUGCUUCCUACCUGCCUUCCCCUUGCAGCCCCAGAUUGCAGAUCUUCCUCUUCGUCAUUCUCCUCAUCCAUGGGCUUCCAUUGUGGCACGCCGCCAAUUUCUUCUCGGAUUUCCACCGCUCGCCAUUUCCAUCAUAUUCCCUGCUCCAUCUUCUCACGCUUCCCCUCAGCCCAUUUUCCCAGCUCCGCCCAAUUCCUUCCUGCGCUCCCUAGGUAUCGGCGAUGCUGAUAUAUACUACCCCAGUUUCUUCGAGGGAACUUGGAAUUGUUUUUCUACACUUAUUGCUGUUGAAACACCCCAGGGUGAAGACAAAGCAGAUCGGAAGAGCUUGGAGUACUCGCGCAAGCAACUAGGUUACACGGUGGAGUACAAGGCCCGCUUUGUUGUGUUUCAAGGAAAUGUUAUUGGUGAUAGGAACUUUACUACUUCCUCUCUCGUGGAGUCUACAAUGGGGAAGGAUGUAAUAAAGGGAUCCUCAUGGGAUCCGGAAAAGCCUAACCGGUUGUCCCUCAUGAUUCGUGGUGGAGUGAAGGUGGAGAACCUUGUCACCAAGCGGUCUGCAGAAGUCACAGGGCCAGGUCAAUUUGACACGUCCGAGUUCUCGAAGCAGGUUUUUGAUAAUAGCGCAAUGAAAGAUGGACCACCUUCAGUCAAGGCUAGCCAGAAUUUAACACGAUAUCGCUGGGAUCCGACAGAAAAUCCUCCGAAUGAAAUCGAGGCAAUUCAAAGAAUAGCAAUGUUUCCACUGCCAAAGGAGGGCAUGGAUUUGACCGACAUUAUGGCAAUGGACAAACCUGUGACAGUCUACAAAUAUCGUGUGCGAUUUGCACGUGACAGUAACCCCUAAUUGAUCUGCAAUACUAAACAAUUCGUUCUAGAGAUGCUAAUGCCAGACUUCAGGUUGAACCGAUGAGGACUAGACAAGGCAGACAACAUUAAUAGAAAGGACAAUGUAGGCAAAAUUCAGUUCAUAAAAGGUCAGACCAUGAGCAGUGCAGUUCAGUGCCACAAGUAGAUUCUAAAUUUCCCAGAGAAAUAAAACUGCUUCAAACUGUUGUAAAAGA